CUUGUCACCACCAGUUGCUUUGGCAGAAUUUUGUGGUCCACCUGCUAUACUCACAGCCUUUUAUCCGGAACCACAGUCUGAAGAAGUUAAAAACAGAUGUGUCUUCUCAUGCCGUUGAUCUAAACUCCCAUCUGUCAGCCCGAAAAUGUCAAAAUAACCAUGAAGCUACAUAUUGAAGAUGCGGAAGCUUCAUAAGGAAGAAGCUGGAAUCAGUAAGUCAUCACUUGGAGGAGAGCCACUCACCAUGAAGUCAUCUGCAUUGGACUCUGUGGGAUUUCUGGUGGUUGCGGCCAUCUUUGGAACACAAUCUCAUGGAUAUGAGGUUUAUAACAUCAUCAGCCCAAAAAACAAUGGUGGCAACGUUCAGGAGACAAUUACAAUUGACAAUGAAAAAAAUACCGCCACUGUUAACAUCCAUGCAGGAGCGUGCUCCUCUACCACGGUUUUUGACUAUAAACAUGGCUACAUCGCAACUAGAAUGCUCUCCCGAAGAGCUUGCUACAUCCUGAAGAUGGACCAUAAAGCCAUCCCUGCUCUGGACCAACUCGAACGGUACAUCUACGAGAGGAAGGCUUUGAACACCAUGUACUCCAACAAAUAUACCUGGGUCAAGUACAACCCGCUGCAGUCUUUGCUUACAGAUGUGAAAUGGUUCCUGUUUGGGUCACCCAUUGAGCAGCUCUGCAAACACGUCCCCUUGUAUAAGGGAGAAGUGGUUGAAAAUACACGUCAACUUGGUGCUGAAGGCUGUGCAAAGGCUGGGCUCCUGGGCAUCUUUGGGAUUUCCGUCUGUGCAGACGUUCACAUUUAGGCAUCAGACCACUGGUUUCAUCUCUUCAAAGAUAUAUUCUUUGGUUUCUACUCAGCAGCCAAAUUAAAUUUUUUCCCAAUGCCCCAACUGAUUUUGAGAGUC